CGGCUCGGCUGGAGGACCGAUCGAGCCCCGCGCUCUGCGGGACCCGGAGACCGGAAGGCUCGCUCCGCUCUUGGCAGAGGAAGCCGGAGUUGUUGACCCUUCGACAGGCGACAAUGGCGACCGACGUGAGGCAGGAGCUUGCACAGCUGAUGAAUUCAACUGGAUCUCAUAAAGAUCUGGCUGCCAAAUAUCGACAAAUUUUGGAGAAGGCCAUUCAGUUUACAGAUGCAGACCAACUGGAAUCCUUGAAGGCCUUUGUUGAAGCAAUGGUUAAUGAAAAUGUCAGUCUUGUCAUCUCGAGACAACUGCUCACGGAUUUCUGCACACAUCUGCCCAACCUGCCCGACGCCACAGCUAAAGCAGUGUAUCACUUCACCUUGGAAAAGAUUCAGCCGAGGGUCAUCUCCUUUGAGGAACAGGUAGCCUCAAUCAGACAGCACUUAGCAACCAUUUAUGAAAAGGAGGGAGACUGGAGAAAUGCUGCGCAGGUUUUAGUUGGUAUUCCCUUGGAAACGGGACAGAAGCAAUACAAUGUUGACUAUAAGUUGGAUACGUACCUGAAAAUUGCCCGUCUCUACUUAGAGGAUGAUGAUCCAGUGCAGGCAGAGGCCUACAUCAACAGAGCGUCAUUGCUUCAGAACGAGUCCUCUAAUGAGCAGCUGCAGAUACACUAUAAGGUGUGCUAUGCCAGAGUCCUCGACUUCAGGAGGAAGUUCAUUGAAGCUGCACAAAGAUACAACGAGCUGUCUUAUAAGUCAAUUGUCCAUGAGACUGAACGCUUGGAGGCACUGAAACAUGCCCUAAACUGCACCAUACUGGCCUCUGCAGGCCAACAGCGUUCCCGUAUGUUGGCCACUCUCUUUAAGGACGAGCGCUGUCAACAGCUGGCUGCCUAUGGUAUUCUGGAGAAGAUGUACCUGGACCGUAUUAUCAGAGGAAACCAGCUGCAGGAGUUUGCUGCCAUGCUGAUGCCUCACCAGAAAGCCACCACAGCGGAUGGUUCCAGCAUCCUUGACAGAGCUGUGAUUGAACACAACCUCCUGUCUGCUAGCAAACUCUACAACAACAUCACUUUUGAAGAACUGGGAGCACUGUUGGAAAUCCCCCCCGCAAAGGCUGAGAAAAUCGCUUCCCAGAUGAUCACUGAAGGGCGCAUGAAUGGCUUCAUCGACCAGAUAGACAGCAUUGUACACUUUGAGACCCGUGAAGCCCUUCCUACCUGGGACAAACAGAUCCAGUCUCUGUGUUUCCAAGUCAACAACCUCCUAGAAAAGAUCCGUUCGGCUGCUCCAGAGUGGGCUGCACAGGCUAUGGAAACCCAGAUGACCCAGUAAACAUCCACACCCCUCCAGAAAAAAAAAUCCCCUAAACUGUUGUCUCCUCAGCCUGUCCUAAAGUGAUGUCUCCCUGCUCAAAAAGGUCACCACUUCCCAGUCCCAGUAAUGGAAGCGUCCAAGGAGAAGCCUCUGGUAUCACCAUCACUUGUUUGAAUUUUCAGAGAACACUUGUUUUAUUACUUUUGCCCACAACGGAAACAAGUUUGAUGUUUCUCAAUAUUUCAGAUCUGUAUCUGGCCUAGAUGUAUUCACAGGGGGGAUUACAAUGUAACGUUUAGGUGUGGCUUUAUAUUAUUUACUUGUUAUGUUAAAAAUUCGGAUGUGAUUAAUUCAGAUAGUUGACAUGUAAUAGGGUCAAAAAGAAGUGAAACAUGCGGAGGAACAACUGGUCUGUUGAAGCUUAUUUUGCGUUCCAACACAUUGUUCUGUUUUUAACAUAACAUAUUGACACAGCAAUAUCUGUCAAGUUGAUUUAUGGCGUCAUGUAAAACUUUCUCGGUCCACACAUGGAAUUUCAGCAACGAGAAUUAAAUUCAAAGCGGAGAGAAAUUGUUCAA